AUGGAUUUAGAUCCUUGUCCAAAAUGCAGCUAUGCGAACAGCUCGCAGGUGGGAACGAAUGACCUGGAAUCGUUCUUGGAUGAUGAUAUGCACGUCCCAAAGGACGUGGAAGAGACAACCAUGCCUGUUGCCGCCAUCACCGGAAAACUUCGUCGACGAAUCUGGACUGACCUCGGGACAUCAUUAGGCCUGGGUGUAAUGUUGCAUCACGGCACGUCUCGUUCAACGCCAUUCUACGACACCUCGAGGCUCCAUGGCACUCCUAGACGUCCUCUAGAGGCACUUUUUGACGUUGACUCCCAUGGCGCUGGGAUUCGGCUAGACGGACAUUGGUCCAGAUCCAUCGUCCCGACAUAG